UAAAAAGAAAUACGAGAAAAUGGAAUGCGUCAGCUGUUACCAACAACAAAAAAAUCAAUAAUUAUUUUGGAAAAUUAUCUAAGCAACCAAAUUUUUGCAUUCCACACAAAGAAAAUUAUUAAUUAAAAAAAAAAACUUAAAAUAAUUAAAUUAAAACAAAAAAUGACCAACGAGCAAGCAACUCAAGAACAGGAAGCAGAAGUGGAAAAUGUGCGUGUCGUAGUGAGAGCAAGACCCAUGGAUAAAAAUGAGUUGCAGGCAGGGGCCUUGUCGGUCAUUAAAAUUGACAAACUGAAGAGAGCUAUUACGGUGGUAAAGCCCAAUGCCACCACUAAUGAGCCGCCCAAAAACUAUUAUUUUGAUAAUGUUUUCGAUGGCGAGAGCAGUCAAUUGGAUUUAUAUGUGGAUACGGCCCGUCCCAUUGUGGAGAAGGUUUUAGAAGGUUACAAUGGUACCAUAUUGGCUUAUGGCCAAACGGGUACGGGUAAAACCUAUACCAUGUCCGGUAACCCCGAGUCACCACAAACUAAGGGUAUAAUACCCAAUGCCUUUGCACAUAUUUUUGGUCACAUUGCCAAGGCUAAGGAGAAUCAAAAGUUUUUGGUCAGAGUAAGCUACAUGGAAAUCUAUAAUGAAGAGGUUAGAGAUCUGUUGGGUAAAGAUGUCACCAAAAGUUUGGAAGUAAAAGAACGACCAGAUAUUGGAGUGUUUGUGAAGGAUCUAAGUGGUUAUGUAGUGCACAAUGCAGAUGAUUUGGAGAAUAUAAUGAAAUUGGGCAAUAAGAAUCGUGUGGUGGGAGCCACCAAAAUGAACUCUGAAUCUUCUAGGUCACAUGCCAUAUUUUCUAUAACCGUAGAACGCAGCGAAUUGGCUGAAGGUGGCCAGCAACAUGUGCGUAUGGGUAAAUUGCAAUUGGUAGAUUUGGCCGGUUCAGAAAGGCAAAGUAAAACUCAGGCCACUGGCCAGCGUUUAAAGGAAGCCACGAAGAUUAAUCUUUCGCUAUCAGUAUUGGGUAAUGUCAUUAGUGCUUUGGUCGAUGGCAAAAGUUCUCACAUACCCUAUAGAAAUUCUAAACUAACACGUCUUUUGCAAGAUUCCUUGGGUGGCAAUUCGAAGACUGUCAUGUGUGCCACCAUCUCACCGGCCGAUACCAAUUAUAUGGAAACCAUUUCCACUUUGCGUUACGCCAGUCGCACUAAAAACAUACAAAAUCGUAUGCAUAUUAAUGAAGAACCCAAAGAUGCUCUACUGCGGCACUUCCAGGAGGAAAUUGAACGUUUGCGUAAGCAAUUGGAGGAAGGUUACGAGGAAGAGCCUCAAAUUGAGGAGGAAGAGGAAGUCGAAGAAGAAGAGGACGAUGAUGAAAUUGAAAUGGAAGUAUUGGCCGAGGCACAAAAUCAAUUAACCGAAAAGGCUUUGGAAAAACAAAAACAACGUGAGCUUAAAUUGGCCAAAAAAGAGGCUUUGGAAAAACGUAAACACGAACAUCAGCUGGAGAUAUCAAAAACCAAAACUGAACAAGAACAACUACGCAAUAAGCUUAUGUCUUUGGAGGGUAAGAUUCUUGUGGGAGGAGAAAAUCUUCUAGAAAAGGCCCAAUGCCAGGAGAAACUUCUUGAGCAGUCUCUGCGUGAGCUGGAAGAGCGUGAAAAAGCUGAACAAACUUUAAGAGAGACAUUACAGCAGAAGGAAACCGAACGCAUAGAUAUAGAGGAACGUUAUUCCUCCUUACAGGAGGCCAAUACCGGCAUAACCAAAAAGAUACAUCGUGUUAUGCAAAUGUUAAUGGGUGUCAAAUCCGAACUGGCCGAUCAGCAGCAAGAACAUCAACGUGAAAAAGAGGCUAUUUACGAAAAUAUACGUUCUUUAUCACGUGAAUUGGCUCUAUGUGAAUUGGUCUUAAACUCUUACAUACCCAAGGAAUAUCAAUCAAUGAUCAAUCAAUACACCCAUUGGAAUGAGGAUAUAGGUGAAUGGCAAUUAAAAUGUGUUGCAUACACCGGCAACAAUAUGCGCAAACAUAUAACUGAUUCUAAGGCUUCGUCUAAAGACUCAAACGAUUUCAUUGAUCUCUCUCAUGUUUAUCUCAGUUACAAUUCUGAUUCGGUUACCCAACCCGUCAGGGCUAAAUCAUCAAUUGCUACUGCUCGUCCUCGUACCUCGGGUGUACCUCGACCGACUACCGCCCGACGAUAUUGAGGUGAUAUUUUUUAUCCUCCCCAGGAUAGAAUGGGAACAUACUUUAUCGAUACAACUCAAUUGUCGUCGGGUUUCUUUGCAUCACUUUUACGUACUCAAUGCUGGUUUAUUUUAGCUUUAUUUAUAACUUAUUAUUGCUUUCAUUUAUUAUCAACUCCGUAAGACAAUUUCAGGCGAAUAUUUAUAUUAUUAUAUUUUUUAAAUUAUUAUUUAAUUAAGUUUAAUAUUUAAGUAAUUUUUCAGCAGCUUUUUUUUUACUUUUUUUAAAUCUAUUAAUUUAAGUGCAAUACUUUAAUUUUUAUUAUAUGUAUUUUAUUUUCAACAUAAGCGCAAUUAUUAAUAUUUUUGUAUGUGGUUCAUUAAUACCUUCUACAUAUUACUGAAAUAAUAAAGAUUUUAACAUUUAUAUAAAAUGAGCAGAAACGAAA